UAAAGACAAAAACUAUAAGUGUGCUAUUCUGGAACUGUUCAAACAUCAGUAUUUUACUCAAAUAAGAAAUAAUAUAUUUUAAAUAUUAUACUUGAGAACGCGUUUAAAGAAAAAACAAAAUGUCUAAUGCCAAUCGUAAAGAAAUAACUGGUCUUAAUCGCAUGACACCCAAGGGCCUAAAAGAACUAUGCAAGAAAGACAAGCUGUAUCAGACACCACGAUUAAAUGAUGUACUAUAUUUGCACUAUCAGGGUUUUCAGUGCAUAGAAAGCUUGGAAGAGUAUACAGAGCUUAAGUGUUUGUGGUUAGAAUGCAAUGCCAUUUCCGAAAUUCAGGGCUUAGAGACACUAAGCAAACUGAAGUGUCUCUUUCUCCAAAACAACCUUAUAACGAAAAUUGAAAAUUUAGACCCAUGUCGUGAGCUAGAUACUUUAAAUUUGAGUUCUAAUCAUAUUCGGAAGAUACAAAACAUUGGGACCAAUGUCUUGCCAGUUUUAAAUACUCUUACCAUUGCAUCAAACUAUCUUAAGGACAGUGAGAGCCUUUUAGACUUGAUUCAAUGUAAAACACUAUCGGUGCUAGAUUUAUCAAACAACAGAAUAGACGAUAUUUUGAUUGUAAAAAUAUUUGAGCAGAUGCUAAAUCUGAAGGUCUUGGUUCUGCAAGGAAACCCGGUUGUUUCCCGACUCCCCCAGUAUCGGAAGACAUUGAUACUAGCCUGUAAGGAACUUACUUAUUUGGAUAGUCGUCCUGUGUUUCCUCGCGAUCGAGCAUGUGCUGAGGCUUGGAAGCGUGAUGGCUAUGAAGGAGAGCGCAAGGAAAAUAAUCGUUGGAACCGAGCUGAGCGCAGGAAAACACGCGAAAGCGUUAACUGUACCAUACGUAUGCGCAAUAGUCACCGUCCACCUGAUCAGCAUGUUCCUUUGCUAAGGUCUAGCGAUUCCGAAGACGAUACAUGUGCCGAAACUGCCCGUAAGAAAGUUGAGCUUGAGAACGGUUGUGUCGAGGAUUUAUGGGAGGAGGUGUCGGGUGAACAGCCUAUCUCACAGCACGGUACCAGCUCAUCUAGUUCUCUGGAAGACAAUGAUGGCACCAGCUCUCAGGACGAUCUUAUAGCUGAGAAAUUGAGUAAUCGUAGAACACUCGAGGGGCGUCCAGCAGUCCUCUGUGAAACUAAACUAAAAAUGAGAAUCGCAAUUAUAGGACAGAGCAAUUUUGCUGCUGAUGUUCUGGAGCUUCUGUUGGAUCGCCCAAAUAUCCAAAUUGUAGGAGUCUUCACUAUUCCAGAUAGAGGCAGUCGAGAGGACAUUUUGGCCACUACUGCUAUCAUCCACAAUAUACCUGUUUUCAAGUUCGCAUGCUGGCGUCGCAAGGGCGUGGCACUACCUGAGGUCUUGGAACAAUACAAGUCCGUGGGGGCUACCCUGAAUGUGUUGCCCUUCUGUUCUCAAUUCAUUCCCAUGGAGGUGAUUGACGGGGCGCUAUUGGGCAGCAUUUGUUACCACCCGUCUAUUCUCCCACGUCACCGCGGAGCUAGUGCUAUAUCGUGGACACUGAUCGAAGGGGACGAGGUGGCCGGCUUCAGCAUCUUUUGGGCAGAUGACGGUCUUGACACAGGACCCCUGCUGCUAACCCGACAAACAAACCUGGAACCCACGGACACGCUGGACACCAUAUACAAGCGCUUUUUGUACCCCGAAGGUGUAAAGGCGAUGGGUGUCGCCGUGGACAUGGUCGCUAGUGGUGUGGCACCCAAGAUAAUCCAGGCGGAAGUGGGGGCAACCUACGACCCGGCUAUGUUUAAAACAGAAAAUCAGGUUAUCAACCUUCAGGCUACAGCAGAAAAAAUUUGGAACUUUGUUCGUGGUCUGGACUCAGUUCCUGGAGCCAUAGCAACGGUUCUACAUGAGAAUGGCACAGAGGAGCAAAUUCGACUAUUUGGUGCUCAUUUGUACUCUGCUGGCCCCGUGUCAAAUGGAAAAGCUCUACGUCUAAGGGGCCUAACAAAGACCGCCUGGAUACACAGCGGUGGUCUUCUUAUAGAGGGAACCGACGGUGUCUUUGUCAACAUACGCCGCAUUAAGCGUGACACAAAGGUAAUAAAUGCCAGCGAGUGGUUUAAGCAAGCUGAGGACCAGUCUAUCACUGACUUCAGCGAGGACGAAUUGGUAAAGCGAUCGUUGGUGGCCGGAAUUUGGAAGGCAAUACUUAAGGAAGAUGUCGACUCAUCGACUGAUUUCUUUGCAUCCGGAGCUGGUUCAAUGGACGUGGUACGCUUAGUCGAGGAAGUUAAAGAAACCUUUGACGUGCCGCUGCAGAACGAGCAAGUUUUCAUGGCGCCUGUGUUUGAGGAAUUCUUUAGCCUGCUGGUUAGGUUCCUUCGACAGGGAAGUGCCUGUUCCGAUGACCAGCAGCUCAACUUUCAGGCAUUCACGCUGAAAGCCAACAAAAGAGAGAUUCGAGUGCCCACACAACUUUUUAUAAACGGAGAGUUUGUUGACUCCGAUUCUCAACGCACUUUGGAAAUUGUUAACCCCACUAAUGAGGAAGUGAUUUGUAAAGUGGCAUGCGCCUCGGCCACCGACGUGGACAAGGCAGUGCAAGCAGCCCAUUCUGCCUUUUAUGGAUCUUGGAGGCAGAUAACACCCAGACAACGAGGCCAGUUGAUGCUCAAUUUGGCUGAUCUGAUGGAACGCAAUAAGGAGGAGCUGGCCACAAUUGAGUCAGUCGAUUCGGGAGCGGUUUACACUCUAGCCCUUAAAACCCACGUUGGAAUGUCCAUCGAAGCGUGGCGCUACUUUGCCGGAUGGUGCGACAAGAUCCAGGGCAACACAAUCCCUGUUAACCCUGCGAGACCCAACAACGUACUGACCUUCACCCGUAAGGAGCCAAUUGGUGUGUGCGGUUUAAUAACGCCUUGGAACUACCCUCUGAUGAUGCUUUCAUGGAAAAUGGCCGCCUGCAUUGCCGCCGGGAAUACCUGUCUCAUAAAGCCUGCUCAGACCUGCCCCCUGACCGCUCUAAAGUUUGCAGAGCUAACUGUCCGAGCCGGAUUCCCCCCCGGCGUGAUCAAUGUCCUGCCUGGAAAAGGUUCAGAUGCGGGCCAGGCAGUGGCAGAUCAUGAGCUGGUCCGCAAACUGGGGUUUACCGGGUCCACACCCAUUGGCAAGCACAUUAUGAAGUCAUGCGCAGACUCCAACCUUAAAAAGUGCUCCCUGGAGCUGGGCGGCAAGAGCCCGCUUAUUAUCUUUGCAGAUUGUGAUAUGGACAAAGCCGUCAGACACGGCAUGUCCUCGGUGUUUUUUAAUAAAGGAGAGAACUGCAUCGCCGCGGGACGGCUUUUCGUGGAGGAUCGGAUACAUGAUGAAUUUAUCCGACGCGUUCUUAAGGAUCUGCGCACCAUGACCAUCGGGGACCCGCUUGACCGCUCGACGGCCCACGGGCCUCAGAACCACAAGGCGCACUUUGACAAACUUCUGGAGUUUUGUAGACGUGGGGUAGACGAGGGCGCGAAGCUGGUGUACGGGGGAUGUCGAGUCCCACACCUUAAGGGAUAUUUCUUUACUCCCACAGUGUUCACGAACGUUACGGACGAUAUGUUCAUUGCCCAAGAGGAGUCCUUUGGACCGAUUAUGAUAAUAUCCAAGUUCAACGGCAGCGAUGUAGAUUCCUUGAUGCAGCGGGCUAAUCGCACGGAGUAUGGCUUGGCCAGUGGCGUUUUCACAAAGGAUAUUGGCAAAGCGCUUAACUUUGCUGAUCGCAUUGAGGCCGGCACUGUGUUCGUCAAUUUAUACAAUAAGACUGAUGUGGCAGCUCCAUUUGGUGGCUUUAAGCAGAGCGGUUAUGGCAAGGACUUGGGGCAGGAGGCGCUCAACGAGUACCUUAAGACCAAGUGUGUCACAGUUGAAUAUUAGAAGGCGGCAGUCACGGGAGCACUAUGAGUGUAAUGGUUGAAGCUCCAACUCCUAUUGUAAGUCCAAAAUGAGUGGAUCACCGUUAAAAGACCGGCCUUUUCAAAAUGAAAUCGUUUUAAGUUUGUCGUACUGUAUUAAAUCUUUGUUUCACGACCUGGAACAACAUAUGUUUUUAAACAGCUGAAAAAAUUCUAAAACUUGAUCGACGGUUUUUUAAAUAAAGCUAGUUUAGCGGGAAAGUUACAAACUUAGAUAGUGAGAAGCAAAUUACAAAUUCUUGCAGGAAAUCUUUAGAAAUGGGAAAGGUUUAUCUUAUCUUAUCUUAUGCCAAAAAAGGUUUGGUCACGUUGACAAACCGCCACAAACCGCCCAACCCUGCCACGCCCACAAAUAUGUUUUGUGUUUUAUAUCCGUUACUCUUAAAAUAAAAUGUUAUUAUAAAUUCGAUGAAAAUUAGAAUGAAAGCGUUUCCGACAAUAUAAAGAAUAUAUAUUCUUGGUCAGGAUCCAUAGCCGAGUCGAUCUGAGCCUGUCCGUCUACAUGUCUGUCCGUAUGAACGUCGAGAUCUCAGGAAAGCCCAGAACUGCCAUGCUCACACUUUUGAAAUUUGUUUUGAUAUUUUUUUAUAUUAGCCUUGUUCAUUUUUAUAAAUUUGACAAGAAAACUCUAUGUCCACAAUCGCCCAUAACUCCCACGCCUAUACUUCUAAAACAUUUUUUGAUAUUUUUUCGAUUUGCAAAAAAAAAAAAUUCCCACGCUAAGUCUAACGGCCUAAAACCGCUCAAAACUGCCACGCCCACAUUUUCAAAAAAUGUGUGUAUAUUUUUUUUACAUUUUUAUUAGUUUUGAAAUUUUUUAUCGAUUUGACAAGAAACUAUGCCCACUCUAACUCCACAAAACCACUCAAAACUGCCACGCCCACACUUUUGAAAAAUUGUUUGAUAUUUUUUCAUCAUCGCCUCUAUCGAUUUGUCAAAAAACUUUUUGUCACGUCCAUUUUAACGCCUUAAGCCGCCGAACCGGUCACGCCCACACUUUGGAACCAUUUUUAAUUUGUUUAAUUUUUCAUUUAUUCCCCAAUAUCUAUCGAUAUCCCAAGAAAAUUAUGAAAUUUCGCGUUCAUUCCCACUAGCUAAUUAAGGCGUAUCUGAUAGUCGACUAUAGCAUUCUCUCUUGUUAGUUUUGUAAAUUCCUAUCGAUUUGGAAAAAACCUUUUGCCAUGCCCACAAAUUGUCCAUUUCUUCUCAUUACUUUCCCCGAUAUCUAUCGAUAUUUUAAAAUAAAAAAAAUAUUAAAAAUUAUUAUUAUUCCAUCUUAUUUCAUUCUUGUAUUUGUCUUUUAAAUUUCUAUCGGUUUACCAAAAAAAGUUCUGGUACGCCCACAGUUAUGACAAAUUUCUUCUAAAAACCUCCAAUAAUCGCAACGUCUACACUUUGGAAAUUUAAUUUUUAAUUUAAUUUGGUUAAUUUUCAACAAGAAUGUUGAAUGCUUAAGCUGAGUAACGGGUAUCUGAUAUUCGAGGAACUUGUUAAUUCAUUUUUUUAAUUCAUUUAACAGUUUUUAAUACAAAUUUUGUUUAAUUUAAUGUAUUUUGUAAGGGGUAUGUACGAAAUAGUUGUCAUUGUGAAGAUUCGGUAAAGUUGUGCAUUUUCGAUUGGAAACACCUCCGGAACUCAAUACAGGAAAUCCAUAUCGUUAACCGUGAAUAGCUUUUUAAAUUACCUUUAUCCAUUUCCCCUCUGAACUACAUACAGAGUAACAGACAGAGGAACAAUCAAAAGACCGGUGUGUUCGAACCUUGUUCUAUCAAUAUUACUUUAGCGGAGUACUUGUACAAAUGAAUCCUAAACGUAUUUGAGCGUUAGGCAGUUGGUUCAUUUUUCUUUAACAUCUUAAUUUUUAAAGUGGAGAUAUGGGUGGCGUUUUCUUUUUAAAAAUGUAUUUCAAAGAUUGUAGCUUACAGUCAAUUUAUGAUUUACCAAAGACACUUUGGAUUUACUAUUUAAUGGUACUUCCAUUAGCUCAGUAUCGCGUAUGUUAUAGUAGCAGCAUUUGACUAUAGCGUUUUUUUUUUAUGCUUAAUGAGAUAAAAUAUUAUAUCAGUUUCGGCGUUUCGGCGGCCUUAGGAUGUUAGAAUGGGCAUGGCAAAAUGUUUUUAGGCAAAUCGAUAAAAAUUUACAAGACUAAUAAAAUCAUGACAAAAUAUCGAAAAAGGGUCAAAAAAUGUGGGCGGUGUUAGGGGGUUAAAGUGGACGUGGAAAUUAUUUUACAAGACUAAUAAAAAUGUGAAGAAAUAACAUUUAUCAAAAGUGCGGGCGUGACAGUUUUGGGCGGAUUGUGGGAGUGACAACAUGGGUCAACAAAUUUGCGCUGCGUCUUUGUCUGUAGAAUCUGUAUGCUAAAUUUUAUCUUCUAGCUUUUAUGGUUCCUGAGAUCUCCACGUUCAUACGGACAGACGGGACAGUCGGACAUGUCCAGAUCGACUCGGCUAUUGAUCAGGAUCAAGAUUAUAUAUACAUUGUAUAGUCGGAAACGCUUCCUUCUGCCUGUUCAUGCUUUUCAUCGAAUACUUUACGAGUACCGGGUAUAAAAAAUGUAAAUAUCGAUAGAAAUUUAUAAGACUACUAUAAUACAAGAGAGAACGCUAUAGUCGAGUUUCCUAUAUCUAUCGAUAUCCCAGAAAAAUAAUGAAAUUUCGCGUUCGCAUUCACACCAGCUGAGAAACGGGUAUCUGAUAGUCGGGUAACUCGAAAAUAGCAUUCUCUCUUGUUUUGGGGUAAAUCAGUUGUUUUGCCAAUUUCUGUCGAUAUGCCGAAAUCAUAUCAUAUUGUCCCACUCUGACCCAUAAAAACAGCCAAUUCUUUACCGCCCUCACCUUAGAACAUUAAAAUCAAUUUUUUCGCCAAUUUCUGCCGAUAUUCCUGAUAUUCUCGGUCCCACUUGGACUAGCUGAGUAACGGGUCAAUUUUGGGCGUCACCAAAAAAAUGCAGACAUAGUGCAAAACUAAUGUGUGGACGUUACGCAUUUUGUUAUUCUAGUGUCUUUGGUUUAACCCUUAUUAAGAUGACGUUUAAAAGUAUAUAGAAAAAUUUUGCACAAGAACAGUUGAUAAAGGAAACUUAAAAUAACAACUUAAAACAAAAAUAAACUCAAAA